GGGAGACUCAUGGAUGGAAAGGUGAUCGACACGUCGCUGUCGCGGGAUCCUCUUCUUGUCGAACUGGGAAAGAGGACUGUUAUCCCUGGACUGGAACAAAGCCUGGUUGGUGUGUGUGAAGGGCAAAAAAUCAAAGCAACUAUUCCACCUCACCUUGCAUAUGGAAAGAAAGGUUAUCCGCCUACGAUUCCAGGUGAUGCUGCUCUGGAGUUUGAUGUAGAGGUGAUUUCCUUGUCGCAGCAGACGCCGCUGCAGAAGAUGAUCAACGACGUGUUUCCUCUGCUGUGUUUGGCUCUGGUGCCCACUUUGCUCGGUUUGGUGGGACUUUACCUCUACCAAAAAUCCAGCGCGCAGAAGCCGAACAAAAAGAAGCCAAAGGACAAGAAGAGCAAGAAGAAAUGAGGAAACAAGCAAGAGGCUAUUUAAAUAAAGUUUUUUAAAAUGAC